CAUAAUUGUCCGGGUAGACAAUCUGGGGAUUCUCUUCCAUACAAUAUGGCAGAUAAAUUAUUCGAAGACCUUGCAACCAUCUUACGGGACCGCAAUGUGCCAUACGAUCGAGAUGCCCUCAAAUCUGUAUGUCGAGAUCCGGAAAACCAGACCGCUAUUCGAGAAUGGAUGGACGAGUACUUGACGCCGAUAACACUACUUACGAAAGAUGAGGCUGCUUUGUAUGGUUCUUCACCGCAUGUGAAUUACCUUUGCUAAUAUAGUACAGAUAUGCGAGCUUAACCAAGACUGGAGAAUAUGAAAGACUCGCAGCCCAGGACCUUUCUGCCGUUCAUGGCCUGAACGAUUCCGAAAUUCGAGAUGCUAUUGAGGAGCUUAGACGUUCUACUGCGGCGAUUGAGAAACAGAGCGAGGCUCUGAGGUUACAACAAAGUGCAAUGGGUACACUGGUCAAGAAUAAUCAGCGGAGUAGCCAGGCGCGGGCUCUUUCGAGCAAUAGCCAAGUCAAGAAAUGGAAUGCGGAAAGAGAGCAUGUGAGCAGAGCUGUAAGAUUCCUCUCUGGUUCUUUUAUAUUUUAUGUCGCGGCUAAGAAUAUCAUUUGUAGCUUGAAGAUCUAUCUCAAAAUCUCGAAUAUCAAAUACUGGAUUUGGAACAACAAACGAACCUCUCCGAGGUAACGGUGAAGAAGACGGUGGAUAGCAUAUUAAAGUCGGAUGACAAACUGCUAUCAAGUCUGCAAAAACUUGCUCUGGACCUUGACCCUGUACAAACAGAAGACGAUGAUAUUAUUGCUCGUAUAAGAGAGUUGUCUGCAAGGCAAGUUAGCUUUCCAGCUGCAAAGGCAUAACUAAUUGUCCAUCAGACUCAUCAAACAUACUGUCGAGGGAAUAAGAACAAAGUUGGAUCGCAUAUAUCUAGAAGCUUUACCUUCAUCUGCUUCUAAUGACCCUGAUAAUCAGGAAAGCAAAGAUUUACAAGAAGAGCUGGAGUCUCUGUAUUCAGAGAUAUUGCCUGUUGCUCAGAUGUCUGCUGAGCAGCAAUUUUUGCAACCAGCUCUUAGAACCAUAUCAGCCAAGAAUGGCCAGGGCCAGGAACGUGCUGUCAAAGCUGUCAAAUAUGUAAGUUAAUAGGAGGUAUUCGUCAUCGACAAUCAUCUAAUGCGGCAUAGAUCCACCAAUGCCUCACAUUCUUAGUCAGUCGCCUUGAGGCCUUCUUGGAACGCGCGGAAGAAGACCAGUGCCACAGAAUGGCCUUAAAGGUUGUUUUGGAUACAGCAAAAACGGAACUAUCACGUGUAGUUGAUAGUCCUCCACCACCCACUCCCUCGAAAUCUUUUACUCAUGAGAGGAGAACGUCGUUAGGUGUACCUGGCAUCAAAACAAGGAAUUCACGACGACGUCUCUGCGGCACGGAGGAUGAGGAUAUUGACCCAGAGCAACAACUUGCACGAAACCUAGGCAUCACACUACCCGCAGACACCGCUACAGACCAAGAACGCGUCAAAGGAUUAGAACACAUCCUUACUGAUCGUAUCACCAAGUUAGAUAUCCAUUCGUCGAGUCUCCAAACCACAACGGAGAGCUCGAUAUCUUCUCACCUCUUAGACUCGCAGUUGACCUUACAACUCUUGCAGGAUUCUCUGCUGGCGGAGACGUUGUAUCACAAAGUCCGACUCUUGGAUGCGGAUAUCGAGAGUUCGGUUUCUAUGUUUCAGCAGGAGAUUGUGGAUUUACAGGGGAGCUUGGAUGAUAUUGAUUUGCAGCAGUUACUUGCGAAGAAUGUUAAUCGGGAGCAGAUUAUUGAACGAUGGUGGCGGUGAGGUGUUUGUCAUGGCCUUUGUGGCGUGUAUAUAUUUUAUAUAUGGAUUUACU